AUGUAUAUAUUGUUUAAAAGCACAGAGUAUACAUUCGGUGCAUUGUCCUCGUUGAAAUUUACCGCCUUUCCGUCAUAUAAACAUUCUCAUUUUUUCCGAUUAGCUUUUGUUAGAUUUCGAUGUGUAAACAUCGAUGUGUGUUAUAUUGUGUGGUGAAAUUUAAUUAAUUGUAGAUAAAAUAUUCGAACGAACAGUUAGUACAUUACCUUUUUUAAAUAAUUUCGAUUUUUAGGUUAUUAUUUUAUAACUACUUAUCUGCUUAUAACUAUGUACGUUUUUCUCUCUAUAUAUAUAUAUAAACAAAUGAAAAAGCGGUAAUUAUUAAAAUAAUUUACGGUAAUUCUAUAAUAUAUUGAUAGUCUUAUGAAUAAAAUAAUUAAAAAUGAAUGAAGAUCUGAUGCAACGUGUUAAAAAUACUUUACAAUCAGAAUCAUAUACUAUGAAUGAUACUUGGUUAAGAGAUUGUAUAGAAUAUUUCAUUUCAGAAAAUAACACAGUAGUGUAUAAUGAAAUAUUAAAAUUUGUGAAAACGCAAUGGCAAUUAAGUGAUUUACGUGAAAUUAAUAAUGAUAAUGGAUGUUUACCGAAGGAUCUUAAUAAAUGUUUACAAAGAGUCUUACACGGAUCUUACAUCCUUCAGGUGAACAAAAUGUAUGAUAUAUCAACUUCAAAGUAUAAGCAAUUAGAGCGAAUACGUAAUGUUUCCAAUGUAAAUAUAGAUGCAACGGAAGAUGUCAAACCUCAAAUGUGGGAGCCUAAACCUAAGAGGAUGCUUCAAUUACAUCUAACAGAUGGUCUUCAAGAUGUUAUUGGUAUAGAAUACAAAACCAUUACAUCCUUACAAGAUACAUUAAUACCUGGAUAUAAAAUAAUGAUCAUUGGACCGGUGAUAUGCAGAAGAGGUGUUAUUUUAUUAGAAGAACGUAAAUUCAGAGAAAUUGGGGGAGAAGUAGAAAGUUUAUCUAUUAGCAAUGCAUUAGAAAAUGUUCUAGCUCGAGCUUUAGAUUGUCCAGAAAAUCCAGAUCCAUAUAAUGAUAAAGACAGGCAGGAAAAUAAUAACAGACCAUUACCUGCUCCAAAUAAUUUUUUUGAAGAUGAUUUUGAAGUUAAUUUGGAAGAAGUUACACAAAUAGAGCAACGAAUGGAAAUGGAUAAUAUACAAAGUACAAAUAACACAUCAAAUUCUGUAAAUACGCAGAAUAAUUUAUCUAAUCGACUGGAUAUCAUGCAACCAACUUUUGUUCAUCCGAAAAAUCCUGUUAAUGAUUAUAAUAUACAUCAAAGUAAUAAUAUUAAUGAAGCUUUCGAUAUGGAUGACGAGUUGUUAGGAAUGCUCGAAGAAGAUCAAUUUAUUGCAUCUACUUCAUGUACGUCUACCUCGAGUACAUUUAAGAAUACUGGAAGCACGGAUAGAGGAAAGAAUUUGGUAAAACCUUUUCGAGUAUUACCUAAAGAAGAUAAUGACUAUAACAUAGAAGAUAAUAUUGUAGUAGUGGAAGAUACAGAUAAUAAGAUAGAAAGUUUUAUCAAAAAAGAAAAUAUUAAACAACAAAGAGAUAUAGAUUUUCCAGAAGAUGAUUUUAACUUUGAUGACUUAGAUACGUUGGAAAUAAUGGAAAAGAAAGCUACGAUACCAAAACCUGAAGAAUCUGAUGUGAAAAGAAACUUUUUACCAAGUAAAUUAUUUUUGAAAAAUACUGAUUCUGUUAAAGGUAAAAACUCUUGUGAGACAUUUAAAUUUAAGACGAGUAGUAGUAAUACAAGCAAAGAAUCGUCUAGUAUGCAAGUUGAUCGUCAAAAAGAAAUUGGAGUUAAAAGACCUGCGACAUUAAUAUCACCAUCGGUUAUUGGUUCGUCGAAAAAAAGUUGUAUUAAAGAAACAUCGAGUCAAGAAAAAGGUGUUAGAAAAAUUUCGGACUUUUUAAAAAAUAAGAAUUUCCAAGAAGACAUACCAGUGAAAAUUUGUGACUUUAUUUGUGAUAUUAUCGAGGAAACGGUUAAAGAGAUAGCAUUUAAAACUGUACGAGGACAAUUCAUCACAUUUGGUAAAUUAUCUAGGAAAAAUCUUUGUUGGCAAUUGGAAGGAACGAUAUCUGAUAAAACUGCAGCUUUAGAUGUUGCUGUAGCUUCUGAGAUUAUUGAAAGAUUUCUUGGGUUCAGUGUUAAAGAAUUUUCCCAAAAGAAGAAGCUCGCAAAAGUCAACUGUGAUAUAGAACAUGAAUUAAGAAUGGCUUGCCGUAAUGCGGAACAAAAAUUGAAAGAAUUGGAUGCAUUACUAGAAUUAGAAUUAAAUCCAAAUCAGAAAGCAAAAGUUGUAAAUAUUAAGCCAUUAACCGAUCAACAAAAGGUAAUAAUUGAUAAAAGAUUAAAGGCAUUAAAGAUUUAAACAAA